GAAUGCAUCUUUGCCAAAGCUGUUAACUAUACCGAAUACAGUGGUUCUAUCUUAUUAACGCUAGCCCGGGGAAGGAAACUUGCGAUCCAAGGGUCGGCAGGGAUGUUGCCAUCCAUGCGGUCAUGCCUAAAACCACUGAAGCACGGCGUAUCGCCUCUGCGACACACCCAUGCACCGCACAGCAUCCUGGUGCCUCGGUUUGCUAGCAGCGCGGCGACCGUAAGCUUAGCCUCGUUCGCUCCAACGCAAGCACCUGCACAGCAGUACCCCGAUCCGUCACAGCAGCAGCUGGACUUUGUGGACACGAGGACCUGGGAGAAGAUCAACCUAACACGCGCAACCAUGGAGGAGCUGCAAGGAAUUCCCUUACAGAAGUCGACGGACAACGGUUACAACCUAACCAUAUCCUACGAGCCCGCAUCAGACGAGCUAAUCGUCAUCGACUACUCCAAAGGCCUGCGCUUCCCAGCCGUCUUCGGUCCCGACAACAGAGUCCGCGUUGACCUGGCCAGUCCCGUUCCAACCGCCGUUAUCGGCCUUUCCUUCGAAGCCCUUAGCGACGUGCUCCGCGCAGACAGCCCGGCCGCAGAGCUCCUAAACGGUCGCGCAGCCAUGCUGGGAAUAUUCCUGGGCUUGUUCGGUGAAGUCAUGCACGGCGAUAUCGUUGUACGACAGCUCUUCAGCAGUGAGGGCGCCUACAACGCGAUGCUGGUGGGAGCGCUGGUGCUUGCUGCCUCGGUGGCCCCCGCCAUCCUGGGUCGCGUGCCGGUUCAGAGCGUGUUUCCCAGCGAUGACAACCCGCCUCCGCAGCUGCCUGGGGACCUGCCCAACGUGUGGAACUACAAUGCGGAGCGCCUCAACGGCCGGGUGGCGAUGGUUGGUUUCCUGGGCCUGAUGGUGAGUGAGAUGCUGAGUGCUCGGCAGUGCGGACUGCUCACCAAGCUGCUGUCGGAGGCGGGGAACUGGAGCUGCUGACGGGGGGGGGGCUGGGGGAUGAUGAGGAGGAGCUGAGGGGCGGGCUGAGCUGAGCUGAGCUGCUGGGGCGCCACAAUCCGAGUAGUGGCGCAGAACAGGACGUCCCUCCCAUGUUUGUUAAUUGCAUUUCUUGCAUCGCGCCUAGCAAAGCACACCUAACUUGAUUCCCCAAUGCACCUGUUAUUAUGUGUUUCAAGUAGCAGCAGUAGCGAUGGACGACUGGCUGCUGGGUUGCGACUCUGUUGCAAAAUGGUUGCCUGACCUAAAUGGGUGCAAUAAUAUUACACCCUAGUGUUUUUAUUGCUUAUUACAAGAGUAUCGAACGCUGCGCACAAUGGUGCCGUACAACGGAAUCAGCAGUGCCCCAACGAACUGCUGCCUGAUGAGUGAUGACCCACGGGUCACAGCACCAGCCAGCCGUGUCUUUUGUCCAUCCUGGAUUUGAUAAUCAUCCUGGAUUACGAGGCUGCUGGUCUGUUAUUAUCUGUGACCUUCCGCAUGUAACGACACCCUUCGGGGCGCUAACAAA